AUGGGAUUAGUUCAGAUGUCUGGAGUACGUCAGUACUGGGAAAGUGAAGUCCGUUAUGGGCCUGUGGCAGACAUAAUGAGUCGCAACCGAUUCAACCAGCUACUCUCUGUCAUCCACUUUGUAGACAAUGAAAUGGCCAACGAAGAAGUAAAACUGGAUCGACUUUGGAAACUGAGAUCGUUUUUGGAUUCUUUUCGGAGACAAUGUCUGACAAUUGCUCCUCGACAAAAACAAUCCAUUGAUGAGAUGAUGGUGCCGUACAAAGGUAAAUUUGGUGGCAUAAGGCAAUAUAUCAAAGGAAAGCCACAUCCCUGGGGAUUCAAAGUGUGGGCACGCUGUUGUGUCACUGGCCUCCUGCACGACUUUGACAUAUAUCAAGGAAAAGGCGGUGGCAAUGGACAAAAAGGGCCAAAAAAGAGUCAGCUGGGAGUUGGUGGAGACAUUGUAGUGAAGUUAUGCGAAUCGCUCGCAGAGAAAGUAAAUUUCCUGAUUUUUGCUGACAAUUUCUUCACUUCCAUGCCCCUUAUUGAGAAAUUAUUAGCAAAGGGAAUCUACUACACAGGAACUGUGAGGAAAAACCGUAUGUCCAAGUGCAACCUGAUACCUGACAAAGACCUGUCCAAGAAAGGCCGUGGCUCCUACGAUUAUCAACUGGAGUCCAACACCAACACAGUUUGUUUGAAAUGGCAAGACACGAAAGCAGUCAGUUUGAUGUCAACAUAUGCUGGACCAGAACCUUUGAGAAAAGCUAGGCGCUGGGACAAGUCCAAAAAAGAGUACACCUACAUAGAUCAACCGAACAUCAUCAAAGAGUACAACGCUUCCAUGGGAGGUGUUGACAUGCUGGAUGCGCAUCUUGCACGCUGUAAAUUUCCCAUCAGGACCCGUCGCUGGUAUAUGAUAAUUUUCUGGCACUUCAUGUCUGUUGCGGUGAUCAAUGCAUGGCUCCUUUACCAGCGUGAUUGUGAGGCACAGGGAAUCACUGGAUCUAAAGUUCUCAAGCUUCGCAAGUUUCAGGGUUUGGUUGCUCAAGGUUUGGUUGAAGUUGGAACAGCAAGAAAGCGGGGUAGGCCAUCAACUCCUAGCUCCUCCUCCCCCUCAUCCCCGCCACCACCAAGAUUUGUUCGAGUUUAUCAGAGUGCAGAUGUCCGUUUUGACCAAAUUGGCCAUUGGCCUGUCAAGGAGGAAAAUCGCCGUCGUUGUGCUGUGUGCAAGGACCUCAAAACUGAAAUGCACUGUGAAAAAUGUGCAGUACCUCUCUGCAUUAACAAAAAAAGAAAUUGUUUCAAAGACUAUCACAAUGUCUAG